AUGGCAAUGCCAAACGAUUCUGGUGAUUUAACGGUUUGCUCAAUUUGCUUACAGAUAUUCACUGUACCGAAAUAUCUACCAUGUCUUCAUACUUUCUGUGAACAGUGUCUGCAAAGCUGGAUAGAAUCACAGGUAUCAAGGACAGGCAGUAAUAUACGAAAUGUUGUGUUUAUGUGUCCAAUAUGUCGUACCCUGACAAACCUUCCGGGUAGUGCCAACAAGAGAGACAAAUGGGCUAGUACUUUCCCCAGUAACCACAUCAUUGUAUCGCUGAUCGAUAAGUCGAUGAUUGAAAGGCGAAAGAAAUCAUGUGAUUCGUGUACCGAAAUGAAGAAAAGCGUUCCUGCCAACCACUGGUGUGUUCAGUGCUCGGAGGCUUAUUGUGACCAGUGCACACAUGUACAUCAAGCAAUGAAAGCUACAAGAAAACAUAAAGUGGUUGGUUUACAGGACGUUCUCAGCGAUUUAAAGUGUCUUUCGUCUGAUGAAAUGUGUAAUGAGCACGCAGAGGAAGUGAUCAAGCUAUACUGCGUAGACCAUGACCAACCAUGUUGUACAAUAUGCGGUGCGACAUCCCAUCGGAAGUGCAACAAUGUUCUAGAACUAUCCGAAGCUUCUAACAAUGUUAGAAACAAACAAGAGUUUUCGGACCUGUUGACGAACCUAACAGAGUGUGAAAGGGAGAUUAGCAAAACAUCGAAAUCUCUUCAAGAAAAUCUGACACAAUUGAACGUUGAAAAACUGAAUGUAGAAAGAUCUGCAAAAGAAUUAGCAGAUACUGUAGUUAAUCAUACGAAGGCUUUGCUCAACCGUUUUCUAAAACAGUUAUCUGAGGCACACACAAAUGCAAUGGAUGAAUUAAAAAACAAUGCCGAAAAAUGUGAUCUUCAACAGAAAGUGAUCAGCAAUUCCAGGCAAAUCCUGGAGAAAUCCAGGGAGCACAGUGCAGACACCGAAUUGUUUCUCCUAAUGAAACGAACGGAGACAAAACGUAAAGACAGUAAAACGUUUAUUGAAGAUGAAAUGCCGAAGAUGACUCUUAAACAUGUAAGACAUACUUUCUCAGAUUCACUUCAAACCUUCAAAAAUGCGAAAUCCUUUGGUGGAGUUAAAUUUUCAAAUUCCCGAGGGGUUACUGAGCCUACAGAUGGACGGUCGCUACCACGCCGCAAACCAAAUGUAUUCAUUUUUUCAUAG